CGUAGACUAUUGGCACGACGUAAUUUGAUUGGUGUAGCUGAUGGGCGGCUAUAGGUAGGAAGUACAGUAUAUACUCAUACUCGUACAGCUAAGAAAUGUGAGGGACUGAAAUCUCGUUAGGUAGUUGUUGUGGUUUUAGUAGCACCUAGAAGAUGUUCCCUGGUGUCUUCUAUGCACUGCUGGCGGGUUUCCUCGGAGCCGUAGCCUCGUCAUCUGCAAAACUGUCGCUAGGAGCCGAUUACCUCAAAGGGGUGUGUGAAACCGGUCUAAAAACGUGGGGCGGAGAGGAGCGGAAAUUUAGGCAAGCGGACCAAACUACGGCUUGCGACUGGCUGCACAUUCCCCUCCGCCUCCUUUGUGGAGGGCUGCUCUUCACAUGCAACGCUGUGAUGUGGACCUUCUUUGCCAAGGCGCUCAGGUACUCCUCCUCUUCAGCCAGAGCCACUGUGACCACCACAGCCUCCAACUUCAUAUCCUCAGCAUUUUUGGGGCAGCUAAUUUUUGGGGAGACCCACGCUGUACUGUGGUGGGUGGGCAUCUCCCUCACCUUGUCAGGGCUCCUGGUGCUUCACAAUUCAGUGCCCCGUGACGUCCAGCAGACCGACGCCAAGAAGGAGGACUGAGAGCCCGCCCACACAGCAACCCAGCAUGGCAACCAAUAAGGAGGAGGACCGACGCGUCCAGCCAACCAAUCCCUAAUGGUCUGUGAUGUUUUUAUGGUGACAGGGAAUUCUCAGCAGCACUAUGGUUACAUUGAGGUCAAAAUUAGGUCCUUCAGCCAGUAUGCAAAUGUACACAGAAGAGUCAGUUUCACACCUUACCAUUCAGCUGCAGUACAUGAAUUCCGUCACCAUGGAAUCGUCAAACAGAACACGAAACAAAUUGCUGGUCCUCCUGUCCCUUCUGUAUCCUUGGCUGAGUGUCCAUUUUUCUUUAUACCACAGUAUGGUAUUGUAUUCUUGUUUGACUUGGACUGCUAUUUUAAGUCUUGUGCUGCUGCAAUACCAUUCUGACCCAAGAAGGGCAGAUGUCCUAGAAUCUGUUAUGGCAAAUGCAAAUAUUAUUACUGUAUCCUUAAACACAUCACUUAUAGGGGUCAUUGGCCACCGAAGGCUCAAUAAAGGGGGCAGGUUUUAAUUUGCUGCGACAAGGUUCACCACACAACUCCUCGUCUUCCAUCGAAGAUCUCUCUCCAUCCGUCGAAGACAGAUUUUUAGACGUGAAUGGUUGCCGGUCGCAGAAAAUCGACACCUGUCUCUGUCAUUUAGAGUCAAAAGUCGACUGUGAGCCGGUGGUUGAUUGUACAGAUAGAUGAGUGUUGAGUUCUGUACCUGGGGGCUGGGACUCCCAUAGCGAGGAAUGUAGGGGUAUCCCCUGACGCAAUCAGAAUCUACUUUAAGGGACCAACUUUCACAAGGUUCAGUCUGUUCCGGGCAACACUGCAGACUAGCCUAGGCAGGGUGGGUGACAUUGUGAGCUGUCUAUACACCGUGGUGUGACAGAUAUGUGCACCAUCGCUAAACACUGUGAAAGUAGCAGUUAUGGGAAAUGAGGUCUGUACACGCGACCUUUGCUCGGGAAUGAAAUUUGUGCGCUGGUUGCUUUUUUCCGCCGGUUGUCUUCGGCACCCACCUGCAUAUAUAUGCAUGCAAUACGUUACGUUAGGUGGAGAAGCAAACUUUCCCCGUGUAGCUACCUGGCAGCCCCAUUGCCCAAGUGUCUCCUGUGAUUCUCGCCGUCUGAACUCUGUCUUCUGGACACUGUGGUUCAAGAAUAACAUCAUGGAAAUGAUCUGGUUUUUCAGACUCGCUCGGAACAAAGUCGGAGGUCCUGUACAAUGUAGGGUUGGUGUUCCCCACCACUGUAUGAGGGGUUGGUUCUUUCUGUGUAUUUUCCGUCCCGUUUUCCAACAGUGGUAGUGGUCUUUUGCUGGACUCCCUGUAACGUUUCCCCAUCUGUGCCAGAAAAUUUAGAUUGUGUAGAAUUCAUUCUGCCGUCCAUGCUGCUGGUGCAUCGUAGUCCAUCGCUUCACUGCUGGUUAAGCUGCACCCACAGGUAUCCGUUGGAUCCCCUGUGGGCCUGACUCAGUCUGCUUUCCUGUUAUCCGUGCUGUGAAAGCAGGUUAAGUGUCGGGACCCAGAGCGGAGCUGUGUCUCUCUGUUAUGUGUCCGUUCCCUAGCUCUACAUCCCGUGAACCUUCAUUAGCGCCUCUCCUUUCGGUGGCGUACUGUGGACUGCGUCCUUCUCUUUAUGUCAAUAUCAGUCUUCCAGUUUGGAGCAGGAGCUGGAGUGCAGACUGGGAGGGCACCGUUCAGCGACAGUAAGCCUGAACGGGCCGUUAGCUUGGAACUCCAGCUUGAGAACCCUGAGGAGAAGAAGUGACCAGGCAGGAGAAGCUCCGGAAACGAACACAAUGCUAUAAGCUAACCAAGACCGUUCUCUGUGCAUGGCGUGAUUUGGCAGGCUGUUAGAGCAGGGUUUCCCAACCCUGUUCUCUAGGAUCCCCAACACAGUCCACGUUUUUGCAGGGAGCUGGGAGGGAGCAAACAUUUGGACUGUCCGGUGGUUCCCCGAGGUCCGGGUCGGGAAACAUUGUUCUAGAGGCCGCAAUAAUAAGUCUCCUAGAUGGGCACUCUUCUUUAAAAUGAUAUAAGAAGAAACAUACAGCUCUGGAAAAUAUUGAGACCACUCUAUUUAAAAAAAAUCUGCAUUUUUAAAUCCUGGUUUAAUCCUGGUUCUGCUGGCAGAAGGCUACACUGCGAGGCAGGCUGCUUCCAGGCUCAAAGUUUUUAAGACAGCAGAACAAGGUGAAGCAGGAGACAAUGGCAAUAACCAAAAACUAGGCAGGUAAAGGGCAGAAGCAACUUUCUGAUGUCAGAGAUGAGAAUAUACUUAUCUGGAAGACCUCAAGUGACCUUCAAAAACAAUGGGAAACAUUAAGUGGUGUGAAGUGCACUGCUAGGCUUCAGGAGCAGGACUGAAGACCCAUAAAGCAAGGAAGAAGCCCUUCAUUAAUGAGAAGCAGGGAAGAGCCAGGUUGGAGUUUGCAAAAAAAUGUAUAUUUUAAAUUGAAAAAUGAGUGAAACUGAAAAAUUUGUGGAGGUCUCAUUAUUUUCCAGAGUUGUAUAUGAAGGUUCUAAGGACUGUAAAGGUUUUUUCUGUCACACUCAUAUUUGAGUCAAUCCUUUAAAACCUUGUCCAGAACCUGUGUCAGAUGUGCAUUUGGAAAAACUUGUAAAUGUAUUUUUUAUUUAAAGCGGUUUUUAAACUGAACUAAGUAAUCUGACGUCAUGCUUGAGACAGGUACUGUGUCAGUGCUUUAAAUAAACUUCCAAUUCAAAAGUA